AUGAAUGGCAAGAUCUGGAAGGUCUUGCAACAGGAGAGCACGGGGGUCGACCAGGUUCAGCAAGCUAAUGAGUCGAGCAAGGAGAAGAAGUUCAGCCUGCGCAUGCAACGGAGAGCGUCAGAGGCGAUUGGGAACCUGAUGCAGAAGAUCUCACCCAUGACAGCUCCUAGCAAGUCCAGCGUGCCCGUUCCCAAGCUCACGUCCGAUGAUGUGACGGUCGACGAGAUCGUGAUCUCGGGGAACUUUGAAGUGAAGAGAAAUAGGAAGGGAGAAUGGAAGCGCAGGAGGACUGAGUUGACGAGGGAGGGCCACUUGCGAGUUUACGCCAAGGAAAUCUUCGCUGCGAAACCGAAGCUGGAGAUCCCAACCUAUCACGCAGAGAUCUCAGUGGUGACUUGCGGGACUUUGGUGGGACUCUCCGAGUUGGUUCACUGGCUGCCAGACUCCUACGGAUCGCCGCUGCAGUCUCGGGCUGGCUCGCCCAUCACGAUGCGAGGAGAGAUGCAGAAGGAACCGGCUGUGGUCGAGGAGGAGGAAGUCGUCGACCACGAGCUGCUGCACUGGCGUCAAGUGGCCAACGACGAGCGGAGCGACCGGCUGGAGUUGGAGGAGAGGAAGCGACGGCUGGUGGAGAGAAUCAGAGACUUGAAGUUAGAGAUGCACGCGGCGAACAUGGAGGACGAGCGGCAAGAGCGAGAGAUCGAGGAGAUGAGCAGGAGGGUGAAGGAGACAGAGCAGAGGUGA